CCACAUCUAUCGCCCUGUGCCCAGUGCCACAAGCGGCCAAGCAUAGUGUGCUAUGGAUACGAACCGAGACAAGAUUGAGAGGCCAUACGUGCCGUAUGAGCCUCUCGCAACGGUCCACCCAGCUGCGAAGCCUGCGACCUCUCGAAGCCGUAAAGUCAAAACCCUGCUGGUCUUGCUCACCGCAGUAGCGACUAUUGGUUUCCACCACUGCUGGACGGGUGUAGAUACCGAUCUGCCCAGCUCAACGCCGUCGACCCAAGUCGACGAGCCCGAGUUUGAUUGGAAUGCGCUGGAACCUGCCAAAACCAUCAAAUGGACGUCGUGCUACUCCGGCCAGAAAUGCGCUCGUCUGCUUCUUCCGCUGGACUACGGCACCCCGGAUGGACCCACUACCGCCAUCGCGCUGCGUCUUCUCCCUGCCACAGACAAAGCGAACUACAAGGGGCCCGUGUUGAUCAACCCCGGUGGUCCCGGUGGUUCUGGCACGAGUCUGGUCGCCAGAGCCGGCAAGAACAUAUCAGCCAUUGUGGGGCCCUCUUUCGACAUCCUCGGGUUUGACCCGCGCGGAAUCGGCGCCAGCACUCCCUCCGCCAGCUGCUUCGAGUCGGACUCUCAGAGGCAGCUCUGGAGUCUGCAGGAAGGCCACCGCCUGCUCAACGCCUCCGACGAUUCUGUGGACAUCGCGCGUGCGCGGCAGACCCUACUUGGCCAUCGCUGCGAGCAGAAGAUCGGGGGUGAAUGGGGCAUUGGACGCUUCAUGAGCACGCCCGAUGUUGCUCGUGACAUGCUCGAAAUCUCGAAGCAGCUCGGGCACGAGAAGCUGCAGUACUGGGGCUUUAGCUACGGGUCGAUCCUCGGCCAGUACUUCUCGGCGAUCUACCCUGACAACGUCGGACGGGUGAUCAUCGACGGCGUCUACGACGGGCACAACUAUCGCGGAGCGCUUUGGAACUCGAACCUCGCCGACACCGACGCCGUCGUCGACUCGUUCUUCACCUUCUGCCACCAGGCCGGCCCCGACAAGUGCGCGCUCUACGACACUACGCCCGCGAAGAUCCGCGCCCGCUUCUUCGCCGUCCUCUACUCUCUCGAGUCGCAGCCGGUCAGCAUCCCAAGCGCGGAGCCGCCCGUGCUCGUCACACGCAAGGUGCUCCAGUCGCAGCUCUUCCAAGCGACGUACAAGCCACUCGCGCAGUUCGGCCUCCUCGCAGACACCGUGUACGCGCUCGAAAGUGGCAACCAGACCGCGCUCACCGCGCUCGCGCCCAAGAUCGUCCCACCCACGGAGUGCAAGUGCACGGACCCGGAGCCAUGGCUCGCAUCCAACGAGGCAUUCUCUCCGAUUGCGUGUGGCGAUGCCGACGAGACGAUGUACGACCGCGAUGCGUACGCCAAGUACUACGAGGGCCUCACCGCGUCCUCGCAGCUCGCGGCGCCGCUCUGGGCGACCUCGUACCUGAAGUGCGCGGAGUGGCGCGUGCGCCCGAAAUGGCGGUGGACGGGCCCGCUCGGCGCGAAGAAUACGUCGCACCCGCUGCUGCUCGUUUCGCCGCGGUACGACCCGGUCUGCCCUCUGAGCGACGCGCAGGCGGUGCAGAAACGCUACGGAGGGUCAGGGCUGCUCAUCCAGGAGUCGGUCGGCCACUGCACGCUUGCCGCCCCGUCGCUCUGCACCGCGAAGCACAUUAGGGCGUACAUGGAGAAUGGGACGCUCCCGGCGGCUGGCACGGUGUGCGGAGUGGACGAGCUUCCGUUCGUAGGAGCUGUGCAGGACGUACGUGCGCUGUCGAUUGAGGACGCCGAGCUAUUGGAGGCUAUGAAGGGACUAUCAGCCGUCGUCCCUACCCUCGGCUUUGACGGGCUAUAGGAAGUCUGUAUGUCGGUUGGUAGUUCUAGGAUGAAACAUUCAAGCGCUUGUCAUGCAGAGACGAACGAGUUCACGGUAUUCGGAAAGUUAUACCGCACCGCUGUAUCAUUGCGUAUCCAUCGAUAUACAAGGCCGCUCUUCAAAC